CCUCAUUUUCCUCCCAAACUCCUCUGUCUUCUCUCCCUCCCACACACAAAUCUCAGAAACCCUAGCUCCUCUCUCUCUGCAACGAUGCCGCCCAAAUUCGAUCCAUCACAAGUCGUCGAUGUCUACGUCCGAGUCACCGGCGGAGAGGUCGGCGCAGCGAGUUCACUCGCUCCCAAAAUCGGCCCACUUGGUCUCUCCCCAAAGAAAAUCGGCGAAGACAUAGCCAAAGAGACCGCCAAGGACUGGAAGGGUCUGCGCGUCACCGUCAAGCUCACCGUCCAGAACCGCCAGGCCAAGGUCUCCGUCGUCCCCUCCGCCGCCGCUCUCGUCAUCAAAGCCCUGAAGGAGCCGGAGCGCGAUCGCAAGAAGACGAAGAACAUCAAGCACACUGGAAACAUCUCUCUCGACGAUGUUAUCGAGAUCGCCAAGGUCAUGAGGCCCAGAUCGAUGGCGAAGGAACUUACCGGCUGUGUUAAGGAGAUCCUUGGGACUUGCGUGUCUGUUGGAUGCACCGUCGAUGGGAAGAACCCUAAGGAUUUGCAGCAGGAGAUUGCUGAUGGCGAUGUUGAGAUUCCUCAGGACUGAUUGAGAGAGCUCAAAAUGUGAGAAAGUUUUUAUUUUAAUAUAAAUUUAGUUUUUAAUUUCAAUCUCAAUCUGUGUUUUUGGAUAUUUUGAAGGAUGUUUGAAGUCAUUUUCAAUAUAAUUUCAGUUUUGAGGUUAUGACUAUUA